AUGUCGGCAUACGACAACGGCGUCGUCCACGGGUCGCUCAAACUCAAAAAGGACUCGAAACUGUUCAAGAAAAAGUCUAAAAAGUCUAAAAAGCGCCACCACAAGGAAUCGAAGGACUCGGAGCCAGUAGUCCAGGCAGUCACGCAGACCGAGGCCGAAAGAAAGUUCGAGCAGGUGCAGCGCAAACGGCAGAUGGAGCGGAUCGAAAAGAUGGCGGCCAAAUCGCAUAGCGAACGGGUGCGCGAAUUCAACAACAAGCUGGAGCAGGCACCUGAGCACAACGAGAUGCCAAAGGUCGGCCCGGGAUAA